CAGAUUUAAGUCGCUGCCCUCAGCGUCUUCCUCUCCCCAAUACAUCAUUCGUUCUACCGAUCCAAGCACUAUCUCCUCGUGCUCGGAAUCGCUUCCGGCAUGCUGUCGUCGCAGUUGGUCUCCGGGCAGUCAAAGCUAGUCCUUGGUGGUUUAGUUGUUGCCUCAUGUGCGCUUCUGUGUCCACCAGACCCAUAUUUCUGGAUAUCAAUCUUCGCCUGGUGCUUGGGACUGGCGGUGUUCUUGUCUUUCAUCCGUGCGUAUCUUGCACCGUUCGUCCUCACGCGCUUUUCCAACCACAUCCGAGUUCGGAGCGUCAGCUUGCGUUCCAUUCGCGGUCUAUACUUCCGCAAAGGCAAUAAAACUUGGCAUAUCGACCGCUUCGCCUAUACUUAUAGUCCAUCCAGAGAUGGGACGUCCAAGGGGCUAUGCUUCAGAAUUGAAGGCUUUAAGCUUGAGGUUGAUGCAGUCAGAGCGCCUCAGGCGAAUCCACGCUCAAAACACAGACGGGGACUCGCUCUCACCGGUUUUUCGCCCUCGCCGCUGGCGCUGUAUAUUUGGUCUAUAGUAUCCAACCUUUACUCUGUGUUCGAUCCAAUGAUCCGCCCCGCAAGUCGACUAAUCGUGACUUCCAUCCUUCGCCAGUUCAUCCUCCUGAUUCCUAGGCUUACGGAAACACUCCAACUGGAGGUCGACAGGGCAACAGUGUCGUUCAACUCCGUUCCAGAGAUGUGUAUCUGUGCAGAGAACGUGGUACUCAAGGGCCACGUGUCCUUUACUCAAAGCUCCCAGGGCCGGCGCGUUGAGGAGCCUCACCAGUCUGAAGGGUAUCAGACGUUGAAUGCCAGGGCCCUUGCAAUGGGCGCGUGGAAGUCUCGUUUGGUCAAUAAUUUUCAAAGAACAUGGACUCGAACAUGGGAUCACACCCUGGGUUUAACAACAGGAUCGAUGGCGUUUGACCUUGUCGCCGGAGGUAUUGAAAGUUCUAGUUUUGGUCACGGCAAGAAGGAACUACUGGUGUGCAUCUCAAGCCCUAUCUUUAUCGCUGGAUCUGCGCGUUUUAGCCCGAGGACCGGUACGGUUGAGCCAAGUAGCUUGCAGAGCCAUAUCAAAGUGGGCGGGAUUCAGAUCAACGUUGAUGCCAUACAGGCUAUAUUAUCGACGUUGCCUAUUUCUCAAGCAGAAGAAGCCCCUUGCUCGCCCGGCUCAGCUACUGGCCUUAUUGUUUCCCCUUGGGUAAGGACCCCUUUUAGUGCAAUGUCACUGAAUUCUGAGUAUGCCGGAUCGCAGGUGGAAAAACGAGAGAAACGGACAUCACUACCAGUGGAGCUUGUGCGAAGUGUGGAAAUUAGUUUAGGCUCUAUUACAGUUUCAAAGAUCCUCGGGGGUGGCCAUUACCAACUUGUUGCACGAGGCUCAUCUUGUUCGUUUGAGCCCAGUGAUUCCACUACUCACUCUGCUCAUUAUGCGUGGCUGGGAAGACGUUCGCCACUUUCGACGGCUUACCACUCUUCGUUGAUUAUGCAAGAUAUUUCCUUAUUCAAGGUGGAAACUGCCACUCGGAGAAGAGGAGAACGCCCACUUAUAUUCGUCGGAUCCACCACUGUACAUGGCAGCAUUGCCGACUGGCCCGCAAUAACUCCAGUAGACCCAGUGCUUCGUGGAGGCGCGACCGCUUGCGUCCUUCUCGACGUCAAAAUCGCUACGUUGUUGCUUACAGACAAACUCAACCUUCUGAUGCAGCUUGAAGGUGGCAGGUCUUCGGAGAAUAUGCCACAAUGGGAUGACCAACCGUUGUUACCUGCUAUCCUGUCACCAGUGCCACAGGUGGUGUUUAGCUUCGCAGUUGGGUCAAUCUCUGCUCGGAUGGAAUGCCUUUCCCAAUCGAAGGAGCCAAUAAUUAUGGAAGUGGAUACGAACGGAAUCAUCCUCAAUGCUACCUCGAGCUUCUAUUCAGGACCGUCAAUUGUCGCGCAUCGAGGUGCUUACGAUGUUACUCAAGACUACGUUCCACUACGUAUGACGAUACCUCUCCGUUGCGUGUUACACCCCGUGUUCCUGCGGUUGCGCUGCAACUCUAUCAAAUCUACUGGGAAGCGCAUGUCAAGAUGGGGUUCUGAGUCUACACUCAGUGAUACAGUGUUCUGCCUGGAAACCGUCGAGGUAAAUGGAACUCUCACGGCUUUUGGAGAGCUACACAAUGAAGACCAGCCGAUCAUGGCCAGACUGAAUACUCGGUCUUUCUUCACCACUCUGCAUUGCCGUACUGAGGCUGCGCUGUUUGAGCUGUGGCAUCCCAAAAGACUCGAAAUCCUGAGCACUUUGCUGUCGUCACUACCGUCUUCACGCCUUUCCACGAGACCUUCGCGGGGACCACCAACGUUACCGACCGGGUACUCUUUGUCCUUAGCGAUUGCGCGAACUGCACUUUUCGUGACCGGGCCAGACAUUAAUCCCACCGCUGACGAGGCCCUUACUCUUGGGGUCGCCUUCAGCACCGGUAUCUCUUCUCAAUUUUGCUCCGUGGCAGCCGACCACAUUCGUUCUGUGACGUACUCUCGGUCAGAGUCACAAGAUCGACAAAAGUUAUUUCUUCCUCCCAACAGACUUGGAGAAGCGAUCCUCUCUGCGAGGGCUUCCAACCCAUCCACUGGCGGUGUCGCAUUUGGAAAACUCAUGCUUUGGAAUACGAACCUUCGCUCAGCAGCAGCAGAUCAAUUUUCCAUGGAUGAUCCUCUCAUUCUGGAGAGGGAUAAUACAAUCCUGGAUGCCAAACGCAUCGUGUCGAUGCAGAACUUUAGUAUCGACAUGAAGUGCACAGUGCAGCCAUCAUCCCCAGUUCGUAUAGGGUGCGAUGGGUCUUUCACUAUAGACAGCUUUACUCUGUUCUUUGACCUUUCUCUGGUGCAUUCUGCAUCCGCAGCUCUCCGGACAUUGCAACGUUUGAAGCAAUGCACGGGUGUGUCGUCUUCACCAUCUCCCCAGCGCCCUUCGACAAGCGUCACUUUGAAUGGUACAAUGAAAGUCUUUCGUGCGCGCCUCAGCUUUCUGGAUCAGAAGAUUGUAGCACGCGUCAACCAUAUCGACAUCUCCACCAAUCCUGAUGGGAAUCAAGGCUAUAUUGACUCCCUAUUCUUAUGGGUUCCAGUGGAAGCCCCGAAAGCACGGGCAAUCAACGGGACUUCGUGGGAAGAAUUGGGCCGUAUGUAUAGAUGCACGCUGUCGUUAAAGAAGUCCUUGUCGAAUCAGGUAAACGUUGCAACGGAUAGCCUGCGAGUGCGCAUUCCCUAUGGCUACGUCCUUGCAGAGCUGUCGCAGGCCACAGUCAUCACCGUCAAGGCCAUGCGGCACCUGAUGCAUAUGAUGAUGGUGGGAAAGUACACCCCAAUGCCUGUUCCUGUCGCAGAGGACGCAAAACGUGUGCCAGACAUAGCGUUCACGUGCAGAGUGCUCUGUCUGGAAGCUGCGGACGAUCCAUUUGAAAGUCAACUGGGCUUCAACUACAGGGUUGGUUUAGAAGCAGCUAGGUCGAGGCACCGUCGGGAAGAAGCAUUCGAUGCGAAGGCUUCAGCCAUUGUAUCGGGUAUUUCAGCUUCCCGUGACCCCCAAUCUCUACACUCCGACUACCACUUCGAUGGCAACCAUUCGAUUACUCUUCAGGAAGCGCGAUGCCGCUUGGAUAUGGCUCAUUCCAUGGAUUGGAUGUUGAGGCAUCAGCGCCAGUCCCGAGAGCGCGCUAUUCAAGAGGAUUCGGUUUUCCAAUUACUUCAUGGUUCCAUACCGCUCAAACGUCCCACGAAGGUUCCAGACUUAAUCUGGUCUGCAGAUAUCCAGCGUGUCCCGCCAUUGAUUCGUGUCAUAAUUUCCGGGCUGCGUCUGCGCGUUAAUGAGCCUUCGUUCUCUCUGCAACGCCUUCAUGACUUCUUGCACGAACAGGGGAACGGAGUUCCGCACCAGACUUCGUAUUCCCUACUUGUUCCCAUGCAUCUGACGUUGGCUCUUGCAUCACUUCAGGUGUCAUUGCGCGACUAUCCUUUACCGCUGCUGUACAUUCCUCCCCUGUCUGAUGGUGAUGACUCCUGCACAUUUCUCUUCGAUUCUGACCUUGUUGUCGCGGAGGAACUGGGUCCCGAAUCAUCGGUCGAAUGGAUUCCUUGCCCUUUCUAUGACUCCGACGAACUCCCUAUUCAUAAUACCCAAAUGUUGCUUAAAGUACCCAAAACACUUAUGCCUGUGAAGACAUACGCACAACCGUCGAUACAGGUGUCAGCGCAUGGUCCUACUGCAUUCGCAUGGGGGGUGAGUUAUAGUCCAGUACUGCAGGACGUGGUGAGAGUUUUGGAGAGUUUGACACCGGAAGCCCGAGACCCUUCCUCCCCUCUGGGUUUCUGGGACAAGCUGGGGUUAGUUUUCCACUGGAGGAUACAUGUGUGGUUCAAAGAGGAAAUACGGUUGUAUUUAAAAGGCAGCCGUAAUCCAUACGUACUGGAAAAUGAAGGGGCUGGCUUCGCAUUUUGCUGGCAGGGUAAGCCACGCAUCAAUAUAGGCUUCGAAAACGACGCGCGAGAGAUUGUGCAAGUGAGCAGCGAUGCGAUGUUAAUCGUCAUCCCGAAAUUCGACUCCCCGCGUAUUACUGCGCUUACACAAGGUCGCCUUGUGUCCAGGAGCGAUUGUGUCAAAAUAUGUGCCAAACUCAGUUCUGGUGUAAGAUUUGGCGUAGGGAUCGUAUUUGAGCGUACAUGCGGUUCAGAGUGCAAGACUUGUACCGGUUCUACUUUCGACCGAUUCUGUCGAAAGUUUACUUUUAGGCCUCACUAUGACGUUCAGCUUGUUCGGGCAUCGGAAGCGACAGUAGCUGAGGCCCGCCAAGAUUCAUAUGAACAAUUCCGUUCGGACUUCCUGCAUCUUUCUAUUUCAUUGGCAUCGGGGUUAUGUCAUUCGGAAGCAACUCCACCACCAAGUAGCCUCCAUCUGACACCUAAAGCGUUCACUAACUUUUGGUCGUGGUGGGGAUUGUUUGAUGACUUGGCGGUGCCUAUCAGGCAAGGGUCGUACUACCCUCAAAAGCAGAUGUCGCCCAAGUUCUCGCGUCAUCUAGCAACGAUUAAAUAUCGGAUAUCGCUGCCGCAGGUGUUCAUCACUCACACAUACCUGGAUGACACAAAAGAGUCCUGGGUCAACGGGACAACAUGUUUCGUGGGUAUGAAAGCCAAGGUUAACCUCCUUCAAGCAGAUCUGCACCAACGAGAGCAAGAAACCAUCGCCCCCGGCAAGGUCCCCGAUAGCAUCCAGGUAGUGCGCCACAAGCCAUUUUAUGCUGCCGAGGUCAUAAUGAAGGAUCUCGAUGUUCGAGUUCUGCAAGCUACCUUUUCGGAGCCACUUAAACAGGCUGUCCCUGUGUCUUCCGGUCCAGACAACUCUCCCAAGGCACCCCUUUCGUCAAGUUCUGAGAUGCCCUCUUCCUGGAUGGACAACGAUGACUUCGUCGAGACAGAUUGGUCUCCCCAGCAACAGCCUCGUGUUCAAUUGCUACGGGUUCUUUCGUGCCCCAAGUUGACAUACUUCAAGAGGCACUCGCAACACGCUGAAAUCCAGGCAGAAAAUAGUAAGUUUGGUAAUGAAGACACGCAUAUCUGCCUCCUUGGCUGUGAACCUUCCGUCCCGCAAGUAGAGAUAAGCCUGGCGAAGGCAAGGAUCUCUGUGCUUCAGGAAGAAAUGAGGUCAACAGAGAAUGUAGAGAAACACCGUGCAUUAGACAGAAUGAUCAUCUUACUUGGAGAGUAUGUCGCUCAUCUUCGGGAAAUGGACCAACUUUCCGAGGCAGCAUUGAGCAACCUCUCGAAUUACUACAUGCCGUCUGAUUUGAUUUCCGCAAGCGAGUGGGCUGAUUUUGAGAAUGUUUAUCAAGUCCAUGCACCUAGUCUCUUCAUGUGCGAUUCCGUACGCGACCUGCUGAUCCAAUACUACAACUGCUCGAGAGCGCGUCGUGGUUUUGAAUAUCAUAUGGCAACUCGAGCCGUCAAAUUCAUAAGAGAUCAGGCUGAGACGUUGAUGCCGCGUCCCAAUGAUCAAAAUGCUGACAAAAUGAAGACGUCGGUCAAUGCAGCGCAAGCAGCGGCAUCUGCUUUGCGGCGGAUACUAACCAGGGAGCGGGGAAGCACAUCGCUGGAUAUCCAAUCGGAGGUUCCACCCGUGCCUCUUGAAGUCAACCCCCUCGAUGGCUGGGAAGAAGGUGUCAUCCUCCGCAAGAGUCACUUCUGCCUUCUGCUGAAGCCUCAGAUUAUCCUCCUGAAUACCGAGUCUUCGAAUGGUAUAGCGGAAGCAUCUACUGUGGUGCUUGCCGCCGUUCAAGCAAAAUUACAGUCGUUUAAAAUAAUGGAUGCCUCAAACCUUGAAGACGCUGUGAGUGGCACUAUUAUCACAAGAAACUACGUGUCGCUAGAUGGUCUUCAAACUUUUUGCCCGACUCUUGCAAACUCGCACGGUGACGGACCGGUGCCUCUCGAAGUUUUGAUAGAUUACAGAUGUGAAAGCGAUGCAUUUGAUCGCAUAGUGCCUCAAACCAAUGCGACAGGUCGCUACGACCGGUUUAAUCGGCUUCGUCUCCGCACAAAAAUCGCUCCAUCCAAUCGCGUGUACGGAGAGCAUCCGAGCAAUUCGCGACAUACGCAUCUUUAUGAUGAAACAGACCUUGUCGAGGUUCGUGUUCCCCAGUUCACAGUCUCAGCGGACACUCGUCACUUCCAAUUUAUAUCCGACAUCAUCACGAAUCUCGUCCUCUUUUCCGAUGUUGCACAUAAGGCUCGCCUGGAAAAAUUGGAGACUCUCCUUUUCGCUUAUGAUUUCACCGACCUCAGAUCGGCGGCCCAGGUGGUUACUGACCUCCAGAACCGUCUCAGGAGUGCGAUUGAUACGUACAACGAUGUCGUCCGCCAACUGCAGGGCCAUCGUUCGGAGCCCAAGUUAGAAAUACUAAAGCUUCAAGCUCAUGUGCACCUACUGGCGGAGGAACUCAAUUUAAUAUUUGAUGCGAUUCGACUUGCUCAGAGCAAGACAGAUGACAACAUUGAUCAAAAGUCCGCUUUACUUCUGCGCGCCUCCUCUUCUGAAAUCUCUUGGAGAAUGAACGAUGAACGUCGGGAACUCCUAGCUAAACUGGCCUUGCAAAAUAUCGACUUCACUUGGCUAAGCAAACAGGACAGCUCAACAGUGAGCAGGUUGACGAUUUGCGACCUCCAGGCUUUCGACGGUUCUCCUCAUGCUAUUUGGACGGAAACUGUAUCGAAGUAUGAAGAACCUUCUAACCAUUCGUCAAACAAGCGAGAUCUUUUUCUGGACGCCAACUGGAUAAUAUUAGCUCCUGUUGGCGGCAUUACCAUCUACGAGAAGUUCCAGGUGGAUUUUCAUCCCAUUCGGCUUCAGCUAGAUGCUCGUCUUGGUCAGCGUAUUAUGGAGUAUAUAUGGCCAUCUCGGCGAGGGAGGGAUAGAAAAGCAGCAUAUGAUUCGCACCAAGGGAACGAGGAGGUCUCGGGCCAGAGUGCAACUAGGACAUCCUUCGACUCUCCUCGGUUGUUGCAGAAACCGCGAACGUCUCUGGACUCCGGUGGACUGACUCCAUGGAAAAAGCUAGGAGGGUCUCGGUCGUUCACAGACUUGCGUAGUGCUGCAACAGAAUCUGCACAUUCUUUGCACGGAGUUCAGGAGUUGGAACCGGAUUCCCGUGACAACUCACGCGGAGACAGGAAAGACACCCGAGGGGAGCCCCGCAAAGACGACGCGGUCGAGAUGAAGUCACGCUCAUCCCAAAAAACCUUUAUAUUAGUCAAGAUUUCGAGCUUCGAGCUCUUAUUGAGUAUCAUGAAGGCCGAAUCCUUUGAAUGUCGCGAUGCACGUAUUCGGACUCACGCUCUGGAAAUCCGAAAUCAGACUUGGAGUUUUGAAGAACUGGUAGACCAGUUCAUUCCUUCAGACCUAACCUGGAAAGGUUGGGUACGGAUGGCUUUUCAGCAGCCACUCAUACCAGUCCUCCCAGUUGCCCGCGAGCUUUUCUCUAAGACGAAACUGAUCGCUUCCAAAGGCGCAACACGAGCGGACUCCCGGUUGUCACCGAGCAUUAACCCCGCCAAUAGGAGUAAAUACACUGCCAAAGAUGAUACCGUUAGAGGCAAGCGACCUCGCAGGUCGUCGUCAAGUACCCGCCCUGGAGGCUCUGAGGCUUCAACCAUAAGUAUGACUGGACUACCCCUGUCUAAAGAGGGGGAGGUGACCACUGAGCAAACCUCCGUUGGUAUAACGCGGGACACCAGUAGCAAUAACUCACGAGGUCGCACGAGGUUACUCAGUGUCUUUAGUCGAGGGAAAGGUGCAGCAAGAGGCCCUCUGUACUCGAGCCAAACGUCCGGUUUUUCGAAGAUUUGUGUUGAAAAGUCUCCACGGGAUUCUCAGGGUACAAAAUGA